GAGUCUGCAUGGAGCUCUACAAUGUGUUUAUAAACUACAGAGCGCUGUUAUAUUGUAUUAUUUUGAAAGGUCCGGGUUGUAGUGUGGUAGGAGCGCGUUGUUUUAUCCGUUCAGACACUGAGGGAGAGCAGAGAGGAGGUGAGAGAGUCUGCAUGGAGCUCUACAAUGUGUUUAUAAACUACAGAGCGCUGUUAUAUUGUAUUAUUUUGAAAGGUCCGGGUUGUAGUGUGGUAGGAGCGCGUUGUUUUAUCCCUUCAGACACUGAGGGAGAGCAGAGAGGAGGUGAGAGAGUCUGCAUGGAGCUCUACAAUGUGUUUAUAAACUACAGAGCGCUGUUAUAUUGUAUUAUUUUGAAAGGUCCGGGUUGUAGUGUGGUAGGAGCGCGUUGUUUUAUCCGUUCAGACACUGAGGGAGAGCAGAGAGGAGGUGAGAGAGUCUGCAUGGAGCUCUACAAUGUGUUUAUAAACUACAGAGCGCUGUUAUAUUGUAUUAUUUUGAAAGGUCCGGGUUGUAGUGUGGUAGGAGCGCGUUGUUUUAUCCGUUCAGACACUGAGGGAGAGCAGAGAGGAGAUCUGAAGAGAAGAAAGGACAUAUUCACUGAGGAGACGGUCAGAGUGAGUGACUGGAGCACUAGAGCCGUGCUGCACAUCCCACUGACAAGACCUGAAGACUGCCUUAUCCUGGUGAAAGCCAAUGAACAAAGAUGAAGUUGGUACCUAUCUGCAUUAAACAGGAGAUGCCUGAACUGGAGCCUGUCCACAUUAAAGAAGAGACUGAACUGGAGCCUGUCCACAUUAAAGAAGAGACUGAACUGGAGCCUGUCCACAUUAAAGAAGAGACUGAACUGGAGCCUGUCCACAUUAAAGAAGAGACUGAACUGGAGUCUGUCCACAUUAAAGAAGAGACUGAACUGGAGCCUGUCCACAUUAAAGAAGAGACUGAACUGGAGUCUGUCCACAUUAAAGAAGAGACUGAACUGGAGUCUGUCCACAUUAAAGAAGAGACUGAACUGGAGUCUGUCCACAUGAAAGAAGAGGAGACUGAACUGGAGCCUGUCCACAUGAAAGAAGAGGAGACUGAACUGGAGCCUGUCCACAUUAAAGAGGAAGAGACUGAACUGGAGUCUGUCCACAUUAAAGAGGAAGAGACUGAACUGGAGUCUGUCCACAUGAAAGAAGAGGAGACUGAACUGGAGCCUGUCCACAUUAAAGAAGAGGAGACUGAACUGGAGCCUGUCCACAUUAAAGAAGAGGAGACUGAACUGGAGCCUGUCCACAUUAAAGAAGAGACUGAACUGGAGCCUGUCCACAUUAAAGAGGAAGAGACUGAACUGGAGUCUGUCCACAUGAAAGAAGAGGAGACUGAACUGGAGCCUGUCCACAUUAAAGAGGAAGAGACUGAACUGGAGCCUGUCCACAUUAAAGAAGAGGAGACUGAACUGGAGCCUGUCCACAUUAAAGAAGAGACUGAACUGGAGCCUGUCUACAUUAAAGAGGAAGAGACUGAACUGGAGCCUGUCCACAUGAAAGAAGAGACUGAACUGGAGUCUGUCCACAUUAAAGAAGAGACUGAACUGGAGUCUGUCCACAUUAAAGAAGAGACUGAACUGGAGCCUGUCCACAUGAAAGAAGAGACUGAACUGGAGUCUGUCCACAUUAAAGAAGAGACUGAACUGGAGCCUGUCCACAUUGAAGAAGAGACUGAACUGGAGCCUGUCCACAUUGAAGGGGAAUCUGCUGAUUUGUUGUUUAAGGAUACAGAAAAUAUAUCCCGGCCAAAGAAAUCACAUCAGUGUAAUGAAUGUGGGCAGAGCUUCAGCCAGCCAGGAAGCCUAAAAACACACCAGCACAUUCACACUGGAGAGAAGCCGUAUCACUGUACUGAAUGUGGAAAGAGCUUCCGUCAGUUAGCAGUCCUAAAAAUACACCAGCGACUACACGCUGGAGAAAAGCCGUAUCACUGUACUGAAUGUGGAAAGAGUUUCAUGGAGUCAGGAAGCCUAAAAAGACACCAGCGAAUUCACACUGGAGAGAAGCCUUAUCACUGUUUUAAAUGUGGGAAAAGCUUCACUGACAACGGAACAUGAAACAAACACCAGCGAAUUCACACUGGAGAGAAGCCGUAUCACUGUUUUGAAUGUGGGAAGAGCUUCAGUGCGUCAGGAAGCCUAAAAACACACCAGCGACUUCACACUAGAGAGAAGCCAUAUCAAUGUUUUGAAUGUGGGGAAAGCUUCACUAACAAAGGAAAACUAAAAAAACAUCAGAGAAUUCACACUGGAGAGAAGCCGUAUCACUGUAGUGAAUGUGGGAAGAGCUUCAAAGAGUCAGGAAAACUAAAAAUACACCAGCGAAUUCACACUGGAGAGAAGCCAUAUCAAUGUACUGAAUGUGGGAAGAGCUUCAGUGAGUCAGGAAGCCUAAAUAGACACCAGCGAAUUCACACUGGAGAGAAGCCGUAUCGCUGUGAUGAAUGUGGGGAGAGCUUUAGGCAGUCAGGAAGCCUAAAAAAACACCAGCGAAUUCACACUAGAGAGAAGCCAUAUCAAUGUAAUGAAUGUGGGGAAAGCUUCACUAACAAAGGAAAACUAAAAAAACAUCAGAGAAUUCACACUGGAGAGAAGCCGUAUCACUGUAGUGAAUGUGGUAAGAGCUUCAAAGAGUCAGGAAAACUAAAAAUACACCAGCGAAUUCACACUGGAGAGAAGCCAUAUCAAUGUACUGAAUGUGGGGAGAGCUUCAAUGUGUCAGGAAGCCUAAAAAGACACCAGCGAAUUCACACUCGAGCCAGCCUCCCUCCCUCAGUCCCUGACCUCUCCACCCUGCUUGUUUGAGUGUGUGGAGAGCUGACUGAUUCCUUGUCUCUCUCUCACCCUGCAGUAAAUGAAGGGGGUCCCCAGGAGUGAGAGCCAGCCUGAAUCGAGAGACACUGAGAAGGGGAGCGUGUCAAACUGAAGACCCAUUCUUUCAGAAUGAACUGCAUUGGAAAUUUAUCUCGCUCAUCAUGCUGUGAGGAUUUAUGCCAAGCUUGUUUCUGUGAACACAUUAAACAAAGAUGCCAAAAACACAUUUUUAAAAUACCAUUACUGUACCAGUGUCGGUGAGAAAAGUAGUAAAUUAUUUAAAAGAAACUAAAACUAAAAAUCUCUUCAUGGGUGUGGCAGCAGUGUGCCCUUCAUAUUACUAGAAUGACCUCUAAGCUAUUGCACCAGUGCAAGCACACGCUGAAGCAACCUUUUUUUCUUUUUUUAUAUCACGUGGUGCAAACUUUGCACUGGAGCAAAUGCUGUUUUGGGUUUGAAUGAACUUGACUGCUUUGAGUGUUUAAAGGGCACAUAUAGACCUUUUAUUUUAUUGUGUUACAUGUUCCCAUGUGUUUACGUAAGGUGUGUAUUGUUUUCAUUUUUUUGUACAUUUUGACCACUUUUUAAAACUUUUAAAUUGCAUUCCCUGCCUCAAGAUGGCUUCCCAUGUACCUACAUGGACCUCUCAGAACUACAUUUCCCAUCAUCCUCCUGCUCAUAUGUAACUGAGAUAAAUUUACCACUGAGCAGGAGGAUGAUGGGAAAUGUAGUUCUGAGAGGUCCUUGAGGCAGGGAAUGCAAUUUAAAAGUUUAAAAAAGUGGUCAAAAUAUAAAAAUAAAACAACAAAUUAAACAAUACGCACACCUUCCAUAAGCAGUUGUAGCAACACAUGGGAACAUGCGACCCAAUCAAAUAAAAAGGUCCUUACGCACCCUUUAAGUACUGAGAACCUCCAAGCUUGUUGUAUACUGGAGCCCUGCUUCAAUGAGAGUACAUUAUUAUGUUUCCAUUACCUCUGUAUGCAAAAGGUUUGUCAUUGUUUAAACUGUUAAUGAUUCCUGAGAUAUAGAUCUGCAGUGGAACUGAACAAACCCAAGGGAGACAUUGAAAAAUACAAGCUUGUCAAAGGGGGAGGUGCUGCUGUGGAUUUGUUAAUAUGGGCUUGUGGUGAAUAUUCCCUGAAUAUGAUAUUAAUGCAUAAAAGUGUAUUAUAAAUGUAACUGGACAGAUUAAUGAAAUCUGUGUCUUGAAGAAAAAGGGCUCCUCUCCUGCAGACACACUGAACUGUGUGACCCCUGAACUAGGUGAGCAGCGCUGGGUGACAUCUGGACUGGAUUAGGCUGAAAGGACAGUUGAAUUCUGUACAGGUAAUUCACAAUGGCAACAAGUGAGUGUAGACAGUGUCAAAUUUCACUGGUCCUGCUCGCUGCUGUAACGCAGGCUGAGAGGUUUGACUGACCUGAUACUACAGAUAUAUGACCAAAUGUUUUGCCUCACUACUAGAACUGUUUGUUGUAAUCUAUAUCUACCUAUCUAGCAGUUGCCUUUUGAAAUGACUCGUAUUAACCUUAACCCCUGUACAAAAAUGGAAAUUUCAGAUACAUUCUUAAAAUACAGUAAACGGAAUACUUACAGGAUAGCCAGGAGAGUACUGUGUGUAUAAAUAAUAGUUCUGUAAUUGCUCUUAUUUGAAAUCAUUCUCAUGCAUUUAUCAUGCUUACUACGUGUUCUUAAUGGACUCAUAUAAGCAAAUAGUUACUAUCAGGUUUAGCUGCUCUUAGUCGAAUUCGCUCUUAUAAUUUACUGUGUGCUUUAUUAUUUUGCUCUUACUUGAAUUGAUCUUAUUGUACUUUCAUAACUGCUCUUAUGUGUAUUAUGAUAUUCUGUAAUGUGAUCUUUUAUAACGUGAUCCUUUGUACUGUGAUAACUUUUAACAAUUGUAAGUCGCCCUGGAUCAGGGCGUCUGCUAAGAAAUCGAUUAAUCAAUCAAUCAAUCAAUAAUAAAGUAAUUGCUGAUUUUCA